CUUUAAAUUUCACCCUCUCUUAGUUUUCAAUAAAAUAUUUCAUAAUAAUCGGAUACAUGGUUAUUUCACAACUUCGAGAAAUAUGGCAGAUCGCAAGUGUAGGAAAGGGUCCUGUUAUUAACUAUCAUAUUCAUAGUGAUCUAUGGUUCAAAAUGGCAUCAAGCUAUUCCAAAAGUACGUCUGGGCUAGAAACAGAAAAAUAUGUGGAACAAUUAAAGCGAUGGCCCAGUGAAGGAAGACACAUUCUCGCUCAAAACAACGACAAAACGAUCUUAGUUUACCAGGCAUUCCGGAAAGAAAUUGCAGAAUAUGCGGAUAAAAACGGAAAAUUCGGUGGACCUCUAUACAACUUUAACAGAAUGAGUUGGAUUAAAACAAACUUUCUGUGGAUGAUGUAUAGGUCUGGAUGGGCCGAGAAAUAUAAUCAGGAGCGAAUCCUUGCUAUUCGAUUGACUAUUGAUGGUUUCUUGGAAAUUUUACGCGUCUCGCAAGAUACCAGUAAGGAUGCGUACGGCCCUAAAGGUCCACAAGAUGGUUUUGGAGAUGGGGGUGUUCGAUUGCAAUGGGAUCCAGACCACAAACCAAACGGCAAUAAAUGCACCAGACGGGCGAUACAACUCGGGCUUAAAGGGGAAAUUCUGGAAAAGUUCAACGAGCAAUGGAUCUGUAAUAUUUACGAUAUAACUGACUUUGUUAAAGAACAACGACAGUUUGUCCAUAAGAACGACAUUGACUCAUUAGUAACCCCUCGUGAAACAGUAUUCGUACCAAAGAACCCAAACCUUUGUCGUCACAUACGUUUGGAUGUGGAUAACACAGAAGUCAAAUCUGAGGAACCAACAUAGAUUUUUUUGCAAUAAGAAUAUAUACCGUUUCCAGGGAACCCUCUUGGAGGCAGUCCGUCAUUCCAGCCAACGUACAUCUUGUCUGUCCUAUUGAUGUGGAAGCAUGGAACAAUUAAACAAAUUAAGGACUGUCUGAACAAAAAGAGCACAGUUGAAAAAAAUUAUACUUAAAAUACAAAAUGGCAAUGUUUUGUGAAAAUAAAAAAAAUGUCUUAAAUAACACACAACAUUGAUGACGAUAAGACGAAAUGUACCCUUAAUUAAAUAAUGUGCCCUUAACUAUCAGCGCUAGGAUAAUCAUUCGAGAAUCAAAAACUGUGAACAUGUGGGAAGGGGGCGAUCUCGGGAAGCAAUUUCAGUUUGGGAAGGCACAGCCUGUAACAAGAAAUCUUGGCAAGAAAAAAACUUGUAGAAUAGCUAUGUUUUCUAUUGUAUUAGUAUGUACUAUAGUUAGCAAAAUUGUUGAGAGGCAUCCUUUGGGCUAGAAUGUGGCUAAUCAUUUUUUGCAACAUCUGCGAAGUUCUAGGUUAAAGUAUAGUUCUGCUAUUGCUAUCGUAAUUACAACAGUAGUUUACUCUUCCAGUCAAGUCAAAUACUAGCUGUGUACUAAAACUAAUCAUAUACGUUAAAUAAAAUUAAGAAAUUUUACAAA